CACAAAAUCGGACGUGAAACAUAUUUUAUUGUCUAACGAACUAUCGAAGCGAAUUAUUUUGAUCAAUUUUUGGAAUAAUUUCCAUUAUUUAAGAGACAAUAAUCACUCGUAACACACACAACUUGAGAUAAUUCAGAAAAUUUAUUGCGUUGAAUCAAAUUCAUAUUAAAAUUUUAACAAAUAAAUCUACCUGCAAAACACAUUUUUCAACCACAACAUUUGUCUAAUUUAUCUCAGAUUAACUCGGAAUAACCAUAAAAUUGAAACAAAAUAGAAGGCGUUAUUUUAUUGAUUUGAGAAAAAAAUUGAAUUUUAUCAAAAGCGAUGACGGAUUUUAAUUUUCUGCCAUCAUUAUCCAUCUAAUGUAUGAUAAAAAGUGCAAAUUAAAAAAAUUCCCAAAGGUGGUAUAAUCCAAGUGUCGUUUCUAAUAAUUUUUUAAAUAAAAAGUGAAAAAAUAAGUGAAUUCAUUGUUGUAAUUAAAAAAAGGCAGUGAGAGAAACAGAAACCGAAAAUAAUUAGUUUUAUGCUUUUAUUUUCUUUCCGAGAAACGGCAGAAAAAUAAAUACACACAAAUAAUAAAUAAAAUGGAUCGAUAAAAGUGUAGUAGCUACGAAAACACACAAAAACACAAAUCAACAAAGUAAUACAAAAUUUAAUCAAAAGCGAGGAAAGUCACUUGAAACGCAUUUGCCAUGGCGAAGAAUCCAACAACAUCAAAAAUUCCCCGGAUGGAUGCUGGCAGCAGUAAAAUCCCCACUUUCGGCACAAAAUUCGCAAAACCCGCUGUUCCAAAUACAACAACAACAACAGCGGCUUCAUCAAAAGUCACAAAGAAACCAACUGACCUGAAAUCCGGUCGUCCCUCAGUUUUUCGUUCGCAUUCGCGCGACGCGAUUGUCACAAAACGCAAAUCGAGUCUUUUGAAGCGCAGUGACUUUAGUAGUCGAUCGAACUUGCAUAAACCAAAUAGCGUUGCUACAUUAGCGACCGUACCUGAUAACAUACACAAGAAUGGCAGCGAGCAGAUGCUCAUUGAUGACGAGCCAAUUGAGUUGGUAGGCGGCAGUGUUGAGACUCUAAGUGAUGCUGCUGAUGCUACUUACCAAGUUAACGGGACAUUUGAGGUCUCAGCAACGCCUGUGGCACCGAAAAACUCAACUUUUUGCAAAGCAGAGACAAAUUCGACUUUUCUCAAGCCUCUUGACGGGACUUUUGAUGUCGCGGGAACAGCUAAAAAGCCAAAACUCUCCGAGAGAAAUGAAACUUUUGAUGUUGCCGAUGAAAAUCCGGAUGAAAAAUUGGCGGAAGAGACGCUUAAAAUUCGUGGAAGUCGUUUAUCGACAGACUUGGCAGAGCAAAUGAUCGAAAAAGGGCUUUGUCCUGGCCCGGGAUUGAAUUCUACGAUCAACAAUGAGAAGCCUUUGCUCAAUAUAACUGACAUCGCGUCAACUAGUCAGCAUAUUUUCGAUGAAACGGUUCCCGUUGAGCCGAUAAAUGUCACGGAUUUGUUGUGUUUGCCCGUUGUUCAGGGCGACGAUUCGUCAGAAAACCCUUAG